ACUAUUUUGAAACCAUGAGGACCUUGUUAGCUGCAAGAUUUUUUCUGAAAAAUCGUUAUGUAACCUUUCAGUGGAGGAGAAAUGUCCCACCGUUAGUACAGCAGACAAAAUUUACAGUAACAACAUGGAGCCCAUUAGCUACAGCUUUCAACUCUCCCCAUCCUAAACAUGAUCGGUGUUUAGAGCCAACUGGGCUUUUUGGUGUGCAAGAUUUGACUAGUUCAUCUGGAUUCUCAGUUUUAAAAAAUCGAGCCUUGUCAGAAGGUGGUAAAAUUGUUAACGAGGUGUUGGAGUCAAACCCAACCCCUCGGUUAGUGGGGCUGUUUGAUGAGCUCUCUGAUACCCUGUGUGCCGUGGCUGAUUUGGCAGAAUUUGUGAGAUUAACGCAUCCUGAUGGUCAGGUUAGAGGGGCAGCAGAAGACACCUCGAGGGGCAUAAGUGGCUAUGUGGAAGAGCUGAACACUAAUCCCGGUCUUUACCAUGCGUUAAAGAAGCUUCUCUCAAAUGACACACAUCAGAUGAAUGAGGAAGCAAGAAGAGUUGGAGAGUUGUUUUUAUUUGAUUUUGAACAGAGUGGUAUUCACUUAGAGAAAAAGAAACGGAGGCAUUUUGUUGAGCUUCAGGAGGCUUUGUUAGUUAUUGGUGCACAGUUCUCUCAUACAGCAGCAUCUCCUGUUAAAGUUCCAAUAUCUCAUUUGCCAUUUGGUGAUGAACUUGCUGGUAUCUACCCUGUAGAUGGUGAUCAUGUCAUUAUAGACUCUGCAUUUUUGGACUCUAAUAAUGAGAAGUUGCGUGAAUUGGCUUAUUUAACUUGCUUGAAGCCAAUAGAAUCACAAUGUAAAACUCUGGACUUGCUUCUUACCUUACGGCAUCAACUUGCUCAGCUGGUAAACUACCCAAGUUAUUCACAUCGUGCAUUAACAGGAACAAUGGCAAAAUCUCCAGAAAAUGUCAUGGACUUUUUAACACAAGCUGCAAAUGCACUUCUCAAACCAGCGCAUACUGAAAUACAAUUAUUGAUCAGGUUGAAGAGAGAAAUGGCAAAAGAUCCUAACUUAGAGCACAUCAUGCCAUGGGAUCUGCACUAUUACUCAGGUAUAGCAAAAUAUCAAUCAGCCAAGAUAAAAGGUUCAUCUAUAUCAGCGUACUUUCCACUUGGAGCUUGUAUGGAUGGGUUGGAUUUAUUAUUCAGGGCUCUGUUUGGAAUAACAUUAGAAGCUCAAGAACCAGCUGAGGGUGAACUAUGGUCUUCUGAUGUUCAAAAGCUGGGCGUGGUUCAUGAGACGGAGGGACUCUUGGGUUACAUCUAUUGUGACUUCUUCAACAGGGCAGAGAAACUACAGCAAGAUUCGCACUUUACUAUAAGAGGUGGUCGAGAACUUGAUGAUGGCUCCUAUCAGCUUCCCAUCGUUGUUGUGGUCUGCAACUUUCCUUCCCCUGGGGUGUCAUCCCCUCCACUUCUUAGUCAUAGCAUGGUGGAGAACUUGUUUCAUGAAAUGGGUCAUGCGAUGCAUUCCAUGCUGGCUCGCACUCAGUAUCAACAUGUCACAGGUACCAGGUGUUCCACAGACUUUGCUGAGGUUCCUUCAGUACUCAUGGAGUACUUUGCAUGGGACCCAAGAGUGCUAAUGAAGUUUGCCUGCCAUUACAAAACUGGGCAAAGCCUGCCAGAAGAAUUUGCACAGCGUCUCUGUCAAGGGCGGACAAUGUUUGGAGCUUUGGAGAUGCAGCGGCAGGUUCUAUAUGCAAUGAUUGAUCAGAUAUAUCACAGUAAGCACCCAUUGGAUGGAUCUACUACAGAUAUUCUGGUGCAAGUUCAAGAGAAGUACACCUUGAUACCGCAUGCCCCAGAGACAGCUUGGCAACAGAGGUUCAGCCAUCUCAAUGGUUAUGGAGCAAAGUAUUACUCAUACUUGUGGUCCAGGGCUGUAGCAUCACGUAUCUGGCAUCAGUGCUUUGCUAAGGAUCCUUUUUCACGAGAAAUGGGUGAAAGAUAUCGUCACACCAUGCUUGCUUAUGGAGGUGGAAGAGAACCAAACUGCCUUGUUGAAGACAUGCUGGAGAAGAAAUUUACCACCAGUGACUUGGUGCAGUCAUUGCUGGAUGAUCUGAAAUCCUCAAAUCCAUUCUUUUAAUAUACUUAAUUUCAUGUGAACUUUGAACCAUUUGUCUCAGAGUUAAGAGUUGUUAUAAGCUGUAGAGGUAAGCUAUCAGACUAGGAUGACAGGGUUUUGACUUUUUAACUGCUCGUUUUUGUGAGAUAUUGAGGUUGAAUGAUUAGGCAUAGCCAUUGGACAUGUAGCAUUUGGUUUGAUUGAUCAUGACCAGGGUAAACAAUCAUAUCUUUGAUUUUACA